UUCAUCUUUGAAGGGCAUUUNAAAACAAGGCCCAAGGUGUCUCUCGGAGGCGCCAGCAGGAAGGAAGAAAAGGCUUCUCUCCUGCAUCGUACUCAGGAAGAAAGGAGAAAACGGGAGGAAGAAAGGCGGAGGCUGAAAAAUGCAGUAAUAAUCCAGUCAUUUGUAAGGGGGUACAGGGACAGAAAACAUCAAUACUCUAUCCAAAGAAGUGAAUUUGAUCGCUGUGCUAAUUUGGCCCAAUCCGGAGGAACCUUUUCCACUUCUAAUGGAGCUAAUUUGACCCUUUUAGUUCGUCAGUUACUCUUUUUUUAUAGACAGAAUGAGGAUUCUAAGCGUUUGAUAUGGAUGUGUCAGAAUUUAAUUAAACAGAGUUCUCAGUUUGUUAAGCAACUGGAUGGUCCAGACAGACUUACUUGCUUAUUCCAAAUAAAAAGACUGUUGGGGCUGUGUUGCAGGCUAUUGCAAAAUUGCAAUGAUGACAGUCUGAAUGUUGCACUUCCUAUGAGAAUGCUUGAGGUAUUUUCUUCUGAGAAUACAUAUUUGCCUGUUCUACGAGAUGCUGGCUAUGUGGCAUCAUUAAUUGAACAAAUUUUGCACUACAUGAUUCAAAAAGGCUACUACAGGUCGCUUUAUUUGUUAAUUAACAAUAAGCUUCCAUCAAGUAUUGAGUAUUCUGAUGUUUCUCGAGUCCCUAUUGCAAAAAUACUUCUGGAGAAUGUUCUGAAACCGUUGCACUUUACAUAUAGCUCCUGCCCAGAAGGUGCAAGGCAGCAGAUUUUUACCGCCUUCACAGAGGAGUUUCUGGCAGCACCUUUUACAGAUCAAAUAUUCCAUUUCAUCAUUCCAGCGCUUGCUGAUGUGCAGACCAUUUUCCCUUAUGAACUCUUUCUGAAUGCACUAUUAUUAGCAGAAAAUGGAUGUUCAAUAAAAAGUGAUCAAGCCCCAUGGCUUUUUUAUUUUGUUCUAACUGUUGGAGAAACAUACUUGGGAUCCCUUUCAGAGGAAGGACUUCUUGUAUAUUUGAGGGUACUCCAAACUUUUCUUUCUCAGUUGCCCGUGUCUACUACUGGUACAAACUGUCAAGAUGCAACCAGUGAUUCUGAAGAUGAGGAUGAAGAGAUCAGUAAAAUGAUAACCACACCAGGUGAUGGAAGAAUAUCAAUUCAGUAUAUAACUGAGGAGUGUCUAAAGAAAUUGGAUACAAAACAGCAAACAAAUACUCUGCUGAACAUGGUCUGGAGAGAUUCAGCCAGAGAGGAGGUCUUUACCUUGAUGGCAUCGAUCUGCCACACGUUAAUGGUGCAACACCGAAUGAUGGUGCCAAAAGUCAGACUUCUUUAUAGUUUAGCCUUUAACGCCAGAUUCCUGCGGCAUCUUUGGUAUUUGAUAUCUUCAAUGACUACCCGAAUGAUCACAGGGUCUAUGGUGCCACUGCUUCAAGUGAUUUCAAGAGGCUCUCCAAUGUCUUUAGAAGACUCUAGUCGAAUUAUCCCUCUCUUUUACCUUUUUAGUUCUUUGUUUAGUCAUUCACUUAUUUCUAUUCACGAUAACGAAUUCUUUGGUGAUCCUAUAGAAGUUGUAGGUCAAAGACAAUCAUCAAUGAUGCCUUUUACGUUAGAAGAGCUAGUAAUAUUGUCACGCUGCCUUCGGGAUGCAUGUUUAGGAAUCAUCAAGUUGGCUUACCCAGAAACAAAGCCAGAAGUCCGUGAGGAAUAUAUUGCAGCUUUUAGAAGUGUUGGAGCAACAAAGAAUACAGAAAUGCAGCAGUGUAUCCAGACGGAACAAAAAAGAUGGAUUCAAUUAUUUAAGGUCAUCACAAAUUUAGUGAAAAUGUUGAAAUCUAGAGAUACAAGGAGAAACUUCUGCCCACCAAAUCACUGGCUGUCAGAACAGGAAAACAUAAAAGCAGAUAAGGUUACCCAGCUGUAUGUGCCAUCCGCUAGACAUGUCUGGAGAGUCAGAAGAAUGGGAAGAAUAGGACCUCUGCAGUCUACCUUGGAUGUGGGUUUGGAACCAGCACCUCUUUCUGUGUCUGAAGAACGGCAACUUGCAAUUCUGACAGAGCUACCUUUCGUAGUUCCUUUUGAAGAAAGAGUAAAGAUUUUUCAAAGAUUGAUCUAUGCCGAUAAACAGGAAGUUCAAGGAGAUGGUCCAUUUCUGGAUGGAAUUAAUGUCACUAUCAGAAGAAAUUAUAUUUAUGAGGAUGCUUAUGAUAAGCUUUCUCCAGAAAAUGAACCCGACCUAAAAAAGCGCAUUCGUGUUCACUUACUUAAUGCACAUGGCCUUGAUGAAGCUGGCAUCGAUGGUGGUGGAAUUUUCAGAGAGUUUCUGAAUGAACUGCUUAAAUCGGGAUUUAACCCUAACCAGGGCUUUUUUAAGACCACCAAUGAGGGACUUCUCUAUCCUAAUCCUGCUGCACAGAUGCUUGUUGGAGACUCCUACGCCCGCCAUUACUAUUUUCUUGGGAGAAUGCUUGGAAAGGUAAAAACACUGUUGUGUGAAAUAUACAGCUAUACAGAAUAG